ACAUUUGAGUCAUGACAACGGCCACUUCUGACUGAAAACACACCACCAGUUUGCAGUGGCAUGACAGAGCUCAAUACUGUACCAUACAAACACUCUGUUUUAUAAAGCUUGAGAGACAUUUCUGACAGAACCAGACUGACUCAGAUCAUGGCUGCAGUAAAGGCAUGUAACGUCCUUAUCACUGGAGCCAACCGCGGCUUGGGACUGGAAAUGGUCAAGCAGCUCUUGGAGGUCAAUUGUCCAAAGCGGAAGAUUUUUGCUGGCUGCCGUGACCCGAACGGGUCAAAGUGUGCUGAGCUGAAAGAAUUGGCCAAACAACACCCUAGCAUUAUCACUAUUGUGAAUCUCGAUGUGAAUGAUCCAUGCAGCAUUAAAGAGUCUGCAAAAACAUUGGGCUCACUACUAGGGGAGAGCGGCCUGAAUCUGUUGGUGAAUAAUGCUGCAGUGUUGUCGCCUGGCACUAUUCUGUCCACCCCUGAUGAGGACAUGCAUAAGGCCUUCAACACCAACAUUAUGGGACCUUUGAGAGUCAUCAAGGAGUAUCUACCUUACCUCCGCACCGCAGCCAAAGCAUGUGGUGAAUCAGGUAUGUCCUGUGAUAAGGCAGCGAUCGUCAACAUCUCCGCAGUGCUGGGCUCCAUGACCAGCUUGCCUUCCUGGUACUCCCAAUUCCCAGCAUUCUCAUACAACGUCAGCAAGGCAGGUCUUAACAUGAUAACAGUUUGUGCCGGUCUGGAGUUCAAAACAGAUGAGAUCCUCUGCAUUGCCAUUCACCCUGGAUGGGUGAGCACUGACAUGGGAGGAGAAAAGGCACCAAUGGACUCCAGAGAGAGUGUGGAGAGGGUACUGCAUGUCUUGAGCAGCCUCACUGAGACCCAUCAUGGUGGAUUCCUUGACUACAGUGGAAAAACUCUACCAUGGUAAACCAUCUGGUUGGUUAACAGGUGCAGACCGUUCUAUUUUAGCCAUUAUGAAACAAGUGUCCACCUCAUCAUGAUCAACAGCCACAAUUGAUAAUUACAGAAAACAUGAUAACUUCAACAAAGCAAAUGGUCUUUUCUUGACGUUAUGUUUGUUUAUAGUUUAAUUAUAUUCUUAAGGCUGCGGAACAGCAUAGGGUUGUGGAACUAUACCUAUAUGUGUAUACCUAUGUAUGUGUCAUGUCACUGAUUGUGGAAUAAAAUAGAAAUGACCAGGAUUAUUUUUGUAUUAUUAUUAUUUUG